GGAGCGGGACGCGGACGCGGUGGCGGCGGCCAAGGCGCAGGCGGCGCGGGAGGUGUGCGCGGCGUCGGCGGUGUUCGCGGCCCGCCAGCACCGCCGCCGCUCCCCGCGCGGCGCCGGCAGCAGGCCGCACUUCGUCGAUUGGUACCUCGUCCUCGCCAUCGGCGAGGCUGCAUCGGAGGACGCCGUGCGGCGGCGGUACCGGCAGCUCGGUAAGGCGGCGGCGCCGCCGCCAUGGCACUGAACUGGUUGGAGCUGCACCCGGACAAGAACAGGCUCCCCAAGGCGGAGGUCGCGUUCAAGAUCGUCUCCGAGGUUGUCUCCGAGGAGAAAGAAGGGAAGCAGGAGCGGAGGUGGGAGAGCGUUGAGCAUGGCAGGAAGCAGCAGGCCACUCAACGGCACAACCAGGAUGAGGGAGGUGAAAUGAUGGGUGGGGGAUCAGAUGGCGCCACUGGCAUUGGCAACUGCUGGCCGCAGCUACAGACUCCGCAUUGUGGAACAGAGCGACAGGAUGUACAAGAGAGAAACAGUGGAGGUUAGGUGAACGUGGGGGAAAGAAAGCAUCACAGAAGACCACAUCAGCACUCUGAAGACUGAAAGGGAUA